AAGAAGAAGAAGAAGGAACGAUUUCGGAAACAGAGCGGCUUUCUUUUUGCGUCGCCAGCGUCGAAUGGUACGUCGUCCUGGGACGCGCUUUUAGUCUCGUUUAUUUUUUUACAAGAUCGAACCAGCAGCGAUGAGCGCCCGAGGUGGUCCGGUUGGCUACCAGUUGAGCUUCACGCUCUCCUGGAUGCCGACCAAAAACCGAACGAACGACGACCACCUCCGGUUCUUCAAGUCCUUCUUCACCAACUACGCCAAGCUCUCGGAACCACCACGCCUGGAAGACGACGUUCGAAAGAGACCAUCUCCAAACUUCUACCAGGAGGACAUCUACCAGGUGGACUGUAUUGUGCCCCACCAGACCAUUAUCACGUGGUUCGAACCGGACACCAAGUACGCGGAGAUCGGACGUCUCUGGUGCGAGGCCGGACGGAGUCGUCAGUACGCGGGACUCCUUCAGUGGCUCACCCCGCAUCCAGGCGAGGGCUUCUGGCGUGGCACCAACCCGCAGGACCGUGGUGCCUCUGUGGCGUCGCUGUCGUUUGGCACCCUCAUUGGACUCACCAGCUUUGUGGAACACCAGUGCAUCAGCGCUAACUGUCGCAAUUCUCCGUACGAUAUCGACUGUGUCUUCCAGCACGACGAACGGCUUCUAUGCGUCUACAUCGAGUUGAACCAUAUAGAGGCAUGCUCGGAACACACGACGCUGUAUCGUUUCGUGGUCCCAUACCAGAACGUUAUCAAGGUACUCAUCCGCGACACCGACAAGCAACAUCCGACAGACAUCUACCUUCAUCUGAAAUGCCCUCCCAUGUUGUACGGAAAAAAAGUACCGAGGGAGGAGGAACCAGACGACCUCGGCAAAUCUCUCUUGGGAAAAGGAGAAAGCCUGGCAUGGGAGAGGGUCUUGGGACUCGGAUGCCGCUGCGUAGGCAACACCAUCUCCGCCAGGUCUCUCGGGGGAUGCCUCGUCCUCAAGUUGAGCGUCCAGGACAAGAGCAGGGCCCGCAGAAUCCUGGGAAGACUUAGCCAACGCUGCGCGAUGGCCACUGAGUUCCAUUACUGCCCCGUACGCACUCAAAGGAUUAACCCGGACCUCUUGAGAGAAGUUACAGACAAGCACACCUCCUUCAUCCAACGCCUCCACUACUCGUGCGCCUACGCGUCCAACGCUGUCUUCACCCAAAGCUUCGACAUACCGGACCAGAUGGCGCUGUUGCGACAAACUCAACAGCGGGAGCUGUUCCACUUGCUGCUCAAACUCGCCUACGACGACCCGUCAGCAUUUGAAAAAACGUUCUUCUGCAUUAGCUCGUCCUUGGAGUGCGGAAAUGUGAUUCUCAUUCGCAAUGCAAUCAGCCGUGUUUACCAGAAGUACCGGAACCAUCCAGAGAACGAGGACCCGCCGCCCGGCACCUGCAUGGUGCGUCGAGUGUUCCUCACCCCUUCCCGCGUCCUCUACCUCCCCGCACAAGUCCACUGCGAAAAUCGGAUCCUACGCGAGUUCAACCCGGAGUACGCCAUCCGAGUGUCGUUCAGGGACGAUAACCUGGACAAGCUUUCGCAUACUUUACAGUUCCAUUCCCAGAAGGAUGAGUUCCUGAACGCCGUCGUCGGUAACGUGCUUCGGAACGGGGUCAAGAUCAGCUUCCGCGAGUUCCAUUUCUUAGCGGCGUCUUGUAGCCAGCUUCGAGACCAUGGGAUCUGGAUGUACGCCGAGGACGAUCGUAACAACACCGCGACGUCGAUUCGAAAGUGGAUGGGGGAGUUCGACGGUAUCCGAAACGUCGCCAAGAAGAUGGCCCGUAUGGGACAGUGCUUCUCUUCCACCGAGGAGACAGUCAAGAUACCCCUGAAAAGCAAGAUGGUGGAAAACGUGCCCGAUAUUCUUCGCGGAAAGCAUCCGGUUUCUGGAGAACCGUACGUCUUCUCUGAUGGCAUUGGCAUGAUCUCUCCGUCGUUGCUUGGAAAGGUGCUGAAAUCUCUGCAUAGCAGAGAAAGACCGUCUGCAGUCCAAAUUCGUUACGCGGGAUACAAAGGAAUGAUCUGCGUGAACCCCGAGUUGACAGAUGACAAACUGAUUCUGCGUGAGAGCAUGUUAAAGUUUCCUUGCUCGAAUUCGGAGUCCUUGGAGACUAUCAAGUCGUCCGCUCCCCGCCCAGUGUUCCUCAACCGGCCCCUGAUAACGAUCCUCGAGCAACUUGGUGUACCAUCGCACAUCUUCCUUAGACUUCAAGAGCACAUGAUCUUGGAGUUCACGGAUGCCUUAGUCUACGAAGAGCUUGCCGUGGAGUUACUCACAACCUGGGUUAAGAACUCUCUCAUACCAUUCAGGGCGCUCUGGGAAGGUGGAUUAUCUUUGACGCAGGACCCAUUCUUUCGGUCGCUCUUGCUUGCCAUCUACAGAAAUGCUGUUUCUGGACUUCGGUACAAGAGCAGGAUCGCCAUCCCUGCAAACGAGGGACGGAACAUGCUUGGAGUACUGGAUGAAACGGACACUUUGGAGUACGGUGAGAUAUACGUACAAUACACAGAGCUGGGUUCCGGCACCCAUCUUGGGACCAAGGUUCUAACAGGUAAACGUAAUGUCCCCAUUUGCACGCGCAUAUUCAGUCCUGUUCCCUGUACAGGAACCGUUCUGGUAACCAAAUGCCCUUGUCUGCACCCUGGAGACGUCCGCAAGUUCACAGCGGUGGACGUGCCAGCUCUUUCGCAUAUCAACGAUUGCAUUGUUUUUCCGGCAAAAGGAAAAAGGCCACACCCGGAUGAAAUGGCAGGAUCUGACUUGGACGGCGACGAGUACGUCGUCAUUUGGGAUCCGAAGCUGUUCUUUCCUGGACCCAACCACGAACCGAUGGACUUUCCCGACAAAGGAAACGGCAAGGUGUACCAGGGGAGCAUAAAGGUGGAACACAUGAUACGCUUUCUGUGCAACUACAUCAAGAACGACUCUAUCGGCCUGCUGUCUAAUGCGCACCUCGCUUGGGCGGACCAAGAGGAAGAAGGCAUCUUCUCCAAGAAGUGUUGUCAGAUCGCCGAGAAGAUUCCACUCUGCUUGGACUUCGCCAAGACUGGACAGACAGCGUUCCUGAAGCGGGACGAGAAACCACGGAUGUACCCAGACUUCAUGGAAAAGGGCGGCAAUAAAAACACGUACAGGUCCAACCGAGUCUUGGGACACUUAUAUCGGGCUUGCCGUUCGCUCGAGUCCGCGGUAAGCCAUAUGGGUUUCCACAGCGACGGACCUCGCUACUGUCCCUUGCUUGAGUACCCAGGAUGGCAGCGAUACGAAGAGGAAGCGAAGGAAGCUCUCCAGCUCUACAAUGCUCGCCUCAAACGCAUCUUGAACCAGUACUGCAUAGAAAGCGAAGGUGAGAUCAUGUCUGGUGUCAUUAACAGCUACGGUCGGUAUAAUCAGGACAAGUCGGAAAAGACAAACGUCGAAGUUCUCGUCGAAAAGCAGAGCCAGUUCUUGUCCGAGAAGACCCGUCAGUCGUUCUUCAGAGGCCUCGAAGAAGAGUUCAAGAAACGAGGCGUGACCUUAUCGCAGUCGAAGGUCGUCAUGAAGUACCAAAAGGCGUCGGCUUGGUACAUGGUAACGUACGACCGGGACGACAGGCAGUACGUCUCUUUCCCCUGGUGCCUUGCGGAUGUCCUGAGCGAGAUCAUUUCGCGACCGUUAUGCAAGAACUAUGAACUCUUCAAAUGCAAGAAUACACUCGCGUACAAGAUGGAUCAGGUGACUGAAGAGAAGCUUAAAGAGCGGAACUUCACCGACAUAGGUUUUGAUAUCAUCCGCCAAUGGGCUGCCAAGGAAGAACUGCUGAUUCGGAACACUGGCGCGGGAGCAGCGAUUUGUGAGGACUGUCUUCUGCAAGAGUUCAUGAAUUUCGUGUACAUUUCCGCUGACCUGUCUAUUAACAACUCGACAGUUGGAAACCUUGUCUUGAACUUUCUUCGCCACUGUACCAAUUACGUGGAUUUGCCGAAAGGUCGAUGUCUGAACGACGCUUGCAGCAGUGGCCAUCCGGGUCACAAGCAGACGCAUAGGUUGCCGAUGGCGGCUUUGAGGACGUACAGUAUGAUUGCUCUGUCGCGGGACCUGUGUCAUCUGGGUCUUCCUUGCACUCCAUCAUUGCACGAACCCUACCAAGAGGUGACAGAGGGAGAUCCUGUGAGGAUUCCAGUGAACAACGAAUCAUUCAAACGGGCGCUGACGAUGAAUGUGGACGAAGUGAAGAAGCUGCUGGCCAAGUGGUCCGGUGUACAGCACGUGCACAUCAGAGGUCAGCAGGACUUGGACGACAGGUGGUACCUCUUGGUGAGCGCCACGGGUCGCGACUGGCAGCGCUGGUUUCUGGAGGAACUUCUGUUGCAGCCUUGGUUGCCAGACGCCAUCGAGAUGAAGAGCAUCGUGCCCUUUAUCAAAUCGUAAUAAAGGAGAAUGUGCUGACUGUGUGCCCAAGUUUGCGGGGUUUUCGUAAUUUAAUUGGUCAUUGGUUUUGUAAUUGGUGUUGUAAUGCCCUUCUUAGUGUGCGACCAAUAAAACGUUCGCCAGCU